UUACUUACAUGUAUACAAAAUGUUAUUUAAAAAUCAUAUUAUUUUAAUACGAUACGAUUACGGACCUGUUUAAUUGGGAUCGGUUUGUUUCAGAGGUUACGAUAGAAUGAAGUUCGUUCUAAAAGCUCCGCCUACGUGUCUACUGCGCAACCUUUAUCUUUAAAAUUUUCUCCGCAUACUUAUUUCUGUCAAGUGGUACUAAAGAGAUGCAGGUACUGACACCAGCCCCUUUUUACACUACCUAACUAAAAAGUGUUUAUUUCACCACCUUUGUUUUUCUAAAAGUCAUAACGUUUUUGAAACAUUCGUUUCUCGAGCUCUCAUGAGUGAACAUCGUGCACGUCGAUAAAGUAAAGUUUAGUGUAAUUUAUUGUUAAUUAUAAUUAAUUUAGUCUUUACGUGAAUAUAAUUAUGGCCAAGAAAAGCACAUUCAAGGGUGGUGUCGAAAAAGCAACAGUUUUUGAAAAAUAAAGCAGGGCACAAUAACGAAACUGAAGUGAUAAGUGAUAAAGAAACAUUCACUGAUAUGGAAGAAACAACAUAUGAUUUUGUGGUUGUAAGUGAUUCCGAGGAUAACAUUGUACAAUCGAGCGUGGAAUCCAUCUCUCUAUGUAGUAAACAAAAUAAAUAUGAUACAGAUUCGGCUAAAAUGGACUCUUGUAGUAGUAACUCCUUUGAUAAGGAGAAUCAAAUGCUACAGCAAAGCAAGCAACAAUUUCGUAAAUUAAAUUGUGUUAAACGUAAUGAAGAAGAUGUAGUGGAUUCCACUGAAAAUAUGGUAACGAUGAAACAUACAUCACUCUAUGCUUCAAGUACUGAAAAUUUGCAUAUUUCAAAUAAGAACACUGAAAAGGCGGCUCAACCGGAUAGUACGACAAAUGACAAAGUCCAAUUAACAAGACCUCAUUUUGAAAUAUCUAAACAAAUGUUUAGGAGUAAAUCUUGUUUAAAAUUACCCCGACAUGAAAAACUGAAGAAAAAACCAUCGAAAUUUCUGUCGGAUUUAGUUCCCACCAACAUUCAAAAUUCUAAAAGUAAAUAUCGGAAUAUCAAAUUAAAUUCAAGAUAUAAUAAAAAGUCAACUAUACAACAGUCAAAACGAAGAAGCAACGCAAAAAGACGUCAUGGAAAAUCAAACAAUAACUUCACCAUAUACAAAAAACCACAUUUAAUUGAUUUACCAGAUAAUCCAACAAAAAUUUACGCAACAUUGUCUCCAAAUGAUUCAAGAAGUAAUUACAGAAAUAAAGUUAUUUCCAAUCCACAUAUCAUUGGGAAUAAGCGACGAAAGACGGAAGACUAUCAGAAUUAUCAUUCAAAAAUGUGUGCUUCAAAAGUUAGAAAAGAAGAAACUCGGAAAAAAUUGAGUUUGUUUGAUAUGAACCGGAUAGGAAAAGGAAGGUGUAAAACAGAACCUUCGUUUUCCACUAAUAAAAACAGUAAAAUACAUUUCGUGAUGGAAACAACCGAAAGAGUAAUGAUUGAUCACAUUAAACCGUUUUCUAUAAAAACUCCAGGGAAACAUAAAGCAAAAUUAUUAAUACAUCCAAAAGAAUGCUACCAAAGAGCAACCAUUUUAGAACCUAUUAAUGUCCAAAGCGAGCCAAAAAUAAUUAAAACAACACCGAACAUUAAAGAGCUUACAACAAAAUUCGUAGAAUAUCUUACACUGUUUUGUUUAACAACUAAAAACAUAAAAUUAAUUUCUACAUUUAAUGGUGAAGAUCAGACAUUAAUAAGCUACCUGGAAGGGGUGAAGAAAACAUUUAGAAAUAGUUGCAAGCUUAUUCCAUAUUCAAAUAUUGACAUCAAAGAAAUCAUUACGAAAGUGCAUAAAAAAAUUAUUUUGGCGAAUAUUGGUUGUUCACAGUUGGACAUUAUAUCUGCAUUAAAAAUUACGUUUGUUGAUGUCGCUUAUGGAUUAGGUAAAGAAAUUAUGCGCUUAUUAAAGGAUAACUCGGAUUCUAUUUUUAUUAAGGAUGAAAUGAUUGAUGAUGAUUGUGUAAUAAUUGAUUUCAAAAAUGAAGUCGAUGUUUCUUCUACUACACCUACUUCGCCAAAUAUAAUCCAAUCACAAAACCAAAUUGAAGAGUCCAACAACCAAAUGGAUAUGCCGAUUCUGGUUAAUACAAAUACAACAAAUAAUAUAAAUCCAGAUACAGUUUCUAAUUUAAACAAAGUGUUAACAUCAAAUCCACAAGUUGUUCAAUUGCCAAGUUUGAAUGAUAAAUACUCCAGUUGUCCUAGAUUGCAAGAACCUCAAACAGUACAUUUUGAAUAUAUUAAUCAACCCAAUAAUAACAACCAGCAAACUGUGAAUGGAACUUUUAAUCCACAUAUAGCGUUUAAUCAAAUUGUUCCUCAACAACAAACGCUUCAACAGCAAACACAUCAGCAAGUAUCGUAUCAUUCUCCUGAAUGUCAACCUCAACGUAUCAAUGAAGUGGUUUAUCAAUCUCAUACACAUAGAAACGUAUACAAUCAACAAUUAGCAGCUUCCUCUCAAAACCAAAACAUAACCCAAACAAAUCCAUUCGGAAUGUCUGGUGGUAUUGCUGUAAGAAAGGAUUUAUUUACGUUAAAUUCGAGUCAACCCCUUCGUUCGAAUUGUACUGCUCCACAAAUACGUAAGAAAACCGGUCAGAUGCAACGGAGUGUUCGGUCGAUGGACAACCUGAAGAAUAGUUUGAACACUGCGCCAUUAUUGUUGUGUAGUACUUGCAAUAUGAGGGCGUUCUAUAAAUGUUCCUGCAAAAAAAAGAUGUAUUGUUCAUUUAAUUGUGAGAAAAAGGAUUGGAUUGCCCACAGGUACGAACAUAUUUAUCAUUAUCAUAGAGUGUAAUAUUAAUUUUGUCAGUUAAAUAAUAUUGUUUUGAGAGUUCCUAUUUUGUGAUUUCUAUUUAUGUAAGUAGUUUAAUGGACUAUUUUUAUUUUUGAAAUAUAUGAACAGUUUUAUUUGUUUUAAUGAAAAAAUGUU